CUCAGAAGAUGCAUUGAAAGGGCGAUGAAGUUAUAUGAAGCGGGUUCUCGUCGCAGCGUUAUGUAGCUACGCAUCUAUGGUAAUUUAGUUUAAUGUUUAUCGCCACGAAUCGCGGAGUGGAUGUUUUUUUUGCAAAGGAGAAAACGAUAGUCGAUUCGGAUGGUAGGUGAAAGAAAAGAAACAGGAGGGUUUUGUGUGGGUAAUAAUGACUUACAGGCUACAGCGGACCGUCACUUAAUUUCUGAUUUACAGCUUGAAUAGCGUGGAACUUUGCAAUCACGAGGAAAUAAAAACGCGUUUUCAUUAUCUAUCUCAAUGGAUGGAGAGACAAGCAAAGGAAGCACUAUCUUAUAAUAUAGAACAACCUCCCUUUGGAUUAAACAGGAAAAAAAGAUGAAUGUGCUUUUCCCCUGACUGGUCCGGCAAUCCAGAAGGAGCUCCACUUCAAUUAGCGAGGACAUCUGAGGACACUUCUUUCUCCUAAAGCUAAAGCCGAGCGAACAAUGGCACGUAAUUACAAAUAACUCCGUUUUAGGCUUUUCAUUGGAGGCGAGGAAGAGAAGUCAGAUAUUUUUUGAAAGAGGAUUUGAAGUACUUGCAACCGAAGUGGUUAGUUGGAAUUGAUGCCGAACGUGGAUGUGAUAUCUUAUGAUUUUCAUUCUAAGGACCACUUUAUUGACCAAAAGAAGGAGCGUUUACUAUCGCAUCUGAUUAAAACAUCUCCACAAAUCCCGGACAUUCUCCAUUUCUCUGGAAUUACAAGGUUUUUUUUUUUUAGGAUGUACAGUGUUGCAUCUGACUGACUCUCAACCAACAUCCUGAUGAGAACAAGCGCCUUCACAGCCUGGCAAACAGCAGACAGUCAAACAGCGGGAAAAGGCAUCCAGCGAGUCAAUGUGGAGUCCAUUAGCGCUCCCUGCCAGAUCUCCCUCCGAGCUGAAACAGCACCUACUCAGCUUUGGUGUCAGAAGGUGAAAGAAAACACGCCACAAAUCCAAGGUCUAAAUGGACUUCUGAAUUGUCUCCACUAAAAAACCCUAAUACUGGUUGAAUUGUGCUAUAAAAGGCAAGCGGAGACGAGGAGAGCUUGCAUGAUGGCUCCGGAAGGUAUAGGGGAGCUUCGAGACUUGCUCUUUCUCCUGUUGCUAUGCUUCACACUAUUGGCUGAGCUACUGGAGAUGACUGCAGCUUCCUCACAAGGAUUGGACGGGGAGGAUGACAUAGUGUGCCCUUCUGUGUGUCGCUGUGAUGAGGACUUCAUUUACUGCAACGACCGUGGAUUGAGCGCAAUCCCACCUUUACCACCAUCCGCGACUGUUCUUUAUCUUCAGAACAAUCACAUUGACAAUGCAGGGCUUCCUAGGUCCUUGGAGUAUCACACUACUGUACGUGUCAUAUAUCUUUAUGAUAACGAGCUAGAUGAUUUCCCUAUGUAUUUGCCACCUUCUAUAAGAGAGCUCCACCUCCAGGACAACAAUAUUAGAGUGUUGCCAAGAGCAGCGCUUGCUAGACUUCCACUCCUUGAAAAGUUACAUCUGGACGACAACUCUGUUUCUACAGUGAGCAUUGAGGAUCAAGCCUUUGCGGACAACCCUCGAUUGCGCCUCCUCUUCCUUUCCAGAAACCACCUUUCCAGCAUCCCAUCUGGUCUUCCUGCCUCACUCGAAGAGCUCCGUUUAGACGACAACCGAAUCUCAACUAUUCCCACGCAUGCCUUCCGAGGUUUGUCCUCUUUACGUCGCCUAGUCUUGGAUGGUAAUCUUUUAGCGAAUCAACGUAUAGCUGAUGAUACCUUCUCACGCCUGUCAAACUUAACAGAACUCUCCCUGGUGCGUAAUUCACUUCAAACACCUCCACUUAAUUUGCCUAGUGCCCAUCUGCAAAGACUCUCCCUACAGGACAAUAAUCUCAUACACAUGCCUCGGGGCUCACUUGAUGGAAUGCGCAGACUACAGCGCCUAGAUCUUUCUGGAAACAAUCUGACUACCCUUCCUAGGGGGUUGUUCAGGGAUUUGGAUACUCUGGGGCAGUUGCUUGUGCGGGGAAACCCAUGGCACUGUGGGUGCAACUUGCGCUGGCUUCAUGACUGGCUUGAGGCAAAAGGGAACACGAUUACCGUGAGAGGCUUUAUAUGUCAGACACCAGAGAGAGUCAGAGACAUGGCUCUCAGAGACCUUACGAAUCAAAUGGAUGAAUGUGAGCUGGCUGCUGUGGGGGGUGGGGGAGUAGGAGCAGGGGUUGGGGUUGGUGGGAACAGAAUGAGUGGAGGAGCUGUUUCUACCACCCUUUCUCCCCCUCAAGGAUCCCUGUUUACUCUCCGAUCUAAGCGACCAGGCUUGGGACUUCCAGAUUCAGGGUUGGACUAUACAUUAAGCAGCAGUGGUGUUGGCAAGAACCUGGCUCUAAAUGUGAAACCCCUAUCCCAUGAUAGUAUCCGCGUUACUUGGAGUGUAGCACAAACAUCUUCAUCCUUUCGAUUAAGCUGGCUUCGCCUGGGGACGAGUUCUGCUAUGGGUUCCAUCACAGAAACCUUAGUUAGGGGUGACCGGCGAGAGUACCUACUAACUUCCCUACAGCCUGCUUCAAGCUACAUCAUCUGCAUGGUGCCUCUAGUGUCUAACAGUGGAAGCAGAAGUGGUUUGCCUGGGGGGGACGCAGAAUCAAAUGAUGUUCCUGUUUGCGCCAGAACAGAAACAUCUGAUCCCAACCAGCCGGAUGAUGAACAAGGUGAAACCGAAGGCUCUGAUCAAAUGACGUCUCUUCCACUUGCUGGAAUUAUUGGAGGUGCUACUGCAAUAGUUUCCCUAGCUCUGAUCAUUGCAAUUUUUUGCUGGUAUGGGCACCGUGCCGGACGCUUCACAUCACGAGACCACUACAGCCAUAGUAGUGCACGCAAAAGCAAGAACUACGAUGACUACAUUGAGUCAGGCACAAAAAAAGACAAUACCAUCCUUGAGAUCAGAGGUCCUGGAUUCCAGAUGACACCAAUGGCAACAAGGCAGCCCAUUCAGCCUAAACCAGUCCGAGAGGAUUACAUUAUACACACCAUAUUCCCCUCAAAUGGCACAGGUCUAUAUAAGCCAUCCCAAAACAACACCAACUCUGGCUACGGUACCAACCGUGGCUAUAGAGAAGGAGGUAUUCCAGAUAUAGAUUACUCUUACACAUGAUAGCUCUGAUUUAGAAAACAUAAUUAGAAGUUAUGUAUUGCAUAGAUACACCGUUUUUAAUCAACAUGGGCUCUGCAGAAUCCCUUUGUGCCUUCUGGUCUCCAUUACAAUGUAGCCUGCUGUUCAUGACACUAUAAAACUUUUAAUUGGCCCAGAUGCUUAUAGGAAGCAUUAUAAAUGUGGUGCCAGGAGGCGAUGAUGCCAUUUCAGGUGGUGAUACCAAAUGCUAUUUUCACCUCCCGGUGUAAUGAUCAGUGUCCCUGACAUUGCUGUUUUAUCUCUGGCUGGUGCACUGAGGUGAAUUCAAGGGCAGCCCACACCGCAUUCAGCUCCCAGACUGUUCAUAGAGCUCAAUGCCUACAUGGGAGAGAGAGAGACUAUCGUCUCGGAGAAAAUAAACACUCUACUGUACAUUUUAAUAUUUGUCUGCUAUGAGCUGGAUUUCAUCCAGGAUUCUGAGUCCUGCACCAAGCAAGAUAAUCUCUCUGCUUGGAGGAAACUGGAAAUGGCAAGUGAUCUUUCUGAGAAAUGCAUGGGAUCACAUGUAUAGUUGAUUUUUGGAGAUAUGAGCUGGAGAACAUGACUACAAUUUCUAAUAAAAUUUAAAACAAGCAGAAACAUGGCCCUAAAAACUACAGCAAGGUUUGAAAUGCCUCAAAAACUAUAUUAAUUUGAAAUCUCAUUCACUUGAAAGCUGCCUGAUGCUACUCUUAUAACGUCUAAGAAGCGUUAAAGUGACUGUUCUAGUUUCAGACUGGUGUAAAGUUCGAUGAUUGAAAUGGGUUUAUGUGUUUUGAGGAACUGUUGGUGUGAACCCUGGUGUGUUGAUAGAUACACAAGUACGCAAGUUAGAUAUUGGACACCAUCAUGUCUCUUUUUUACUCUGUUUGCUGUUUGUUUUACUUUAUUUUAUUACUACGAAAGGCCUGCUGAUAGCUAUAAUGUAAUAUUCAAACAUGGGUUUUCACUUGUUCAAGGUUAAAUCCCCCAAUCAAUCAGAGCCAGACAAGCCAAGUUCUCUCAUUAUUUAAACAAACUCUCCCAGCAUUCACCAACAUGAAGGUCUCACCUCUUGUAUUUGUCAAAAUCACAUCAAUAUGAAGAAAUCUUUCCCUGCAAAAUUCUAAAUGUGCUUGUUUCAAAAGGAUUGUUAUGUUUCUAUAAAUAUUUUCCACAAAGACUAUGUUCUGUUAAGCUGGCUUAUGGUUUGUAGGUUGCUUCUUAGCCACACUCUUAGCACAAAAUAUUAUUCCUUAAGUCACUUACAUUACAUCUCCAAGUCUCACUGUAGAGAAGAAUACAGCCUCACUGCUCACCACAGCUUCAGGUCUUAGGAAGAAGAAGGAGGUUUUAGAGGGAAACCAGGAAUUUGUACCAUAACACUGUGGACCAUCACUGUGGAGAUAGAGAGUGUAUCAGAAUGUUGUAUAAUUUUGUAAGGUGGUUGCUAAAAAUAAUUAUUUUUCCUUGUGUCAAUGCUUUCAUCCCAUUCAUUAAUCCCAGCAGUUAGACAAUAAAAAGAUAUUCUAAUAUUAGGGAUUUCCUUAUUAUUUACUUGCCCUCAAGUGAUUCUCCAAACCUUUAAGUUUCUGGUUCUCUUGAACAACAUAGAUAUUUUGAAGAAAGCUGAAAAUCUGUAACCAUUGACAUCCAUAGAAGGAAAACCAAACACUAUGGAAGUCAAUGUUUAGAGGUUUCCAGCUUUCCUCAAAAUAUCUUCUUUUGUGUUCAAAAGAAGAAUGAAACUCAUAAAGGCCCCGCUAUACUCCAAACUUAUCGAAGAACGAACUGAAAUGACACUUUGAAUAAAAUUCGACUCAAACUAAAUUCUUUUAGGCUCAUUCUGAAAACGUACCGCUAUAUACAUUUCUGAAGUUUACCAAAUACGUUCCAGGAGCUACGUUUUUUGCAGUUUUGAGUCCAUCAGAUGCCCCUGUGUACGCUUUUUGAGAUCUCAAAUUUCUGUCGCGAGUGCCAUUCGCGACUGCUGUUCUCGCAUAAAUCCACCAGAGGUCGCUGUCAACUGACUGAAUGACUGAUUGACUGACCAAUCGACUUACCCACCCUCCUCCUUCCCUAAACCCAACCAAUAGUGUUUUCUAAAGCACUGACUGACCCGUCCACCCACUUCCCUAAAUCCAACUAACAGUUUUAAAAAGCAAUCCAGAAAAAGCCCUCAUUUUUUUCCCACGUUUUCAGAUUUUCCCACAUUCUCACACUGCUAUUUAUUUGUUUAUUUUAUUUUUUGGCUUCUGCUUUUGUUUUACCCGCUUUCUGGAACUGUUUUUAGUUGGAUUCAAACCCCAUUGUCGUGGUCAACUCUUUGCGUCUUAAGUCUGCCGACGUACAUGGUGAUCUACUGGUCAAACCGAGGGAAAGUUUAAAACAAGUAAAAGGUCAGUAAAUGAUGACAGAAUUAAAAUUUUGGGGAAAACUAUAUUAGAAAGGAGCACUUAUCAGAAAAUGUACUAUGGUAGAUAGAGAGAAAAGGUGUUGCCAUAACAGUUCUGUUCUACUCUGCUGUGUUUGUAUUUGUGUAUCUGAGGAAAUGUGGAGAAUUGAAGACAGCUUACACUGCCUUGUAUUUUAUGUACUAUUUGGCAAUGUACUGUACAUGUCUUAAACAGGAAAUGGAAAGUUGGAGACAAAAGAGUGAAGGCAAAGUAGAAUGUUCUAUACUGAGAAAGAGCAAGAUAUUAUACAAAUAAAACAUGGAUUUUUUUGAAGCAGGGGCCCAACUGAAAUGAAGCCUGUGGUGCUGAGUUGUGCAUGAAAUGUUUUUCAUCUUUGCUAUCUGCUGCGGCACCGGCACUUUGUCUUUCUCCUUUAGCUCUACACAAAGA